CCGCGAGGGGGGUGCCGGGGAUAAGCGCAGAGCCCUGCCGGCCCGGAGCGAGAGCGGCGCCCGCCCCCAUGCAGCAGGAUGACAGUGAAGCUGGGCGACGGCAGCGCCGAGGAAGGGCUGAAGAAGCUGGGCAAGCGAGCGGCGGGUGAAGAGGAGUCCCUGACAGAAGAAGGGGCAGGCGAAGGAGCUCCCGGCAGCAGCACAAAGAAGGACGAGGGGGCCCCCCCUGCCAAGGCCGGCGACCCCCCAGCUCUGCCCCCAGCGCCAGCUUCCCUCCAGCCGGCCCACGGCCACGACCAGCAUCAUUUCCUCCGGUCCAGCGUCAGGCCUCAGAGCAAGAGGUUGAGGAAGGAUUCUCAGGCAUCCUGUGCAGCUGGCAGUGCCAGCACCGCGCCUGCCAAGGGGAAAGGUGCAGAUAAUGGAGGGGCUUCGUCAGGCAACUCAUCAGGAAUCCCUUCCAGCACCCCGGCUGGAAGUUCGAAAUCUGCCACAAGAAACUUGGGCUCUUCGGCUGGAGAAAAAGAGGAAGGCAAGAAGGUUAGGCGUCAGUGGGAGUCAUGGAGCACAGAAGAUAAGAACACCUUCUUUGAGGGCCUCUAUGAGCAUGGAAAAGAUUUUGAAGCUAUUCAGAACAACAUUGCCCUGAAAUACAAGAAGAAGAGCAAACCGGCAAGUAUGGUGAAGAAUAAGGAGCAGGUCCGGCAUUUCUACUAUCGCACCUGGCACAAGAUUUCCAAAUACAUUGAUUUUGAUAAUGUGUUUUCUCAAGGGCUGAAAAAAUCCUCCCUGGAGCUCUAUGGCUUAAUUUGUUAUGGGGAGCUAAGGAAGAAGAUUGGGGGCUGUAUGGAUGACAAAAAUGCAGCUAAACUCAACGAACUCAUCCAAGCCGGGGCUACGACUGUUCGCUACAAAGGGAGGAACCUUCGCAUCAAAGCUCCAAUGUGCAGGGCUCUAAAGAAGCUCUGCGAUCCAGAUGGAAUCAGCGAUGAGGAGGAUCAGAAGCCCGUCCGUCUUCCAUUGAAGGUCCCCGUGGAGCUGCAGCCAAGGAAUAACCAUGCUUGGGCCCGCGUGCAGAGUUUGGCCCAGAAUCCACGACUCAGAAUGAUCGUGGAACUACAUCGCAAAGUCUCCAGCCUCAUCGAGUUCCUGAAGCAGAAGUGGGCUCUCCAUGAAGUGCGCAUGCGCAAAACACUAGCAGAAAGGCAGCUACAAGACUCCAGAGACUCUGAAACAAGUGGCAGCUGUUCAGAGGAAAAAAUGAUGCUCCAUCUCUUCCCAGGAGAGAACUCUACCCUGACCCCGCUCCCUGGGGUUGCCCGAGUCGUACACUCCAAAGCUUUCUGCACGGUGCACUGGCAGGAGUCUGGCCGAUGCAAGCAGAACACGAAGGACUCGCACCUGUUGCCUCCUGCCCAGAUUCUAGGCAUUCAGAGUGGCCAGGGGACAGCCAGGGGGCAGGUCAAAUACCCACGGGGAACAGAAGGCAGGGGCGGGGCCAGGGCAGAGAGCACUGCAGAAGCAAGUAGAAACACUCAGCCCACAUUUGAUGCAACUGUAAAUGCUGAUGAGGGCUCUCCAGAGGCAGGGGUUAUGGAAGGAGUCUCCCCAAGUCUCGGCGUCUCAAACUCUCUGGAUAAGCCACCUUCUGGACUUCAGGACCCGGGCGGGCAUCUGGAGAAGCCAGUUCCCACAGCUCAAUGUGCCGAGGGAAGGGAGGCACCAGUCACCGAAGUGGACGCCCGGUUGCCACCCAGCAGCGUAAACUGCGAUUGUGGCCCUAUCCCCGAUUUGGAGGAACUCUCUUUGCUUGACCCGUUUCCUCGGUACAUGAAGUCUUGCCAGGAUCUUAUUGUCCCAGAGAAGUGUCUUUGCACAGACAGACUGAACAGGAAAGAGUUGGCCCCUCUGGGGAGCCUGUCGUCCAGGAGCACAGAGGCUGGCAGUCUCAGUGCGGUGCAGCUGGUGAGAGACCAAGGGGCAUCACCCAGUUGUGGCCCAUCCCCAUCGGAAACUCAGGCCCUCUCCUGCUGCGGGCCACAGGCAGAAACUUGUGGCAAGGAGCUGCCGGAUGCAGUAAUGGAAGACUCUCAGGAGAAGCUCAGCACCUCACUGCCACCGCCGCCCCCUCAGGGACAAUCCGUCGCCAAGUCUCUCAAGGAUGACCCAAGCCGUCUUGUGCAACAGGUCAGAGAGGAGGGAUGGAGCCUGCGAACCUCCGAGAGCCUUACCUUGGCUGAAGUCUACCUCAUGAUGGGCAAACCGAACAAGCUGCAGCUAGAAUAUGAUUGGCUGGCUGUCUUGGGGCAGGAAACCCAGGAAUCCGGAGAACAGGUGCCCCAAACGAAGUCUGUUUCUCCAUCAGCCACUUUUCACAAACAGAAACUCCUCAACUGCCUCCUAAAACUCAUAUCCACUGAAGUGAACCCCAAGCCGGCUCCAGAAACUAGCACUGUUGCAACAUCCCCGAUCAAGCCCAUGCAAGAGGAGCACACGCUGACCCCUCCAGGGAAGGUCAUUGCGAUUAGCACCCGAAGUCCAGGCUGUACACGCAAUCAGCCCGCCCUUCGCAACAAAACCUUUUCUCCUGGAACCACUUCCAGCCCCUCAGGUUUGAGAAACCCCUCUAGAUCGCUGUUGGCUGGCCCUUCCAGUUCCAGAGGCCCCGAUGCUGACGGUGGGCUCUUUGCAGUUCCCACAACCCUCCCGCCCAACAGCAGGCACGGGAAGCCUUUCUUGCCUAGCAAAGAAACGGAGCUGACCAUCCGGCAGCACUUGGACACAAUCAGUAUGCAGUCUGAUUUCUUCUUGCCAAAGCCAAAGAAAUUGCGUAACAGACACCUGCGAAAACCGCUAGUAGUACAGAGAACCCUGCUCCCCAGGCCAUCUGGAAAUCCCUCCCAGCAUGUCUGUUCCUUCUCCAUCUUGUCUAACUCAUCUGUAGCAGGAAGAGGAUCUUUCCGGCCGAUCCACUCCUCCCUUACUAAAGCUGCCGUGUCCCGCCCCAUCAUUCCAAAGGUUCUUCCAGCGCAAACCACCAACCAUCUGCCUAGCACGAUUGAUCUGGCAGCCCAAAGUGCCGGUAUUAUCCCAAGCAGCCCUCUGCCUGUCCUAGACACUGAAGGCUUAUCUGGCGUUUCCCCAUUGUCUCCAGAUGCUGUGGCCGCAGUGGUCACAGGGCAGGACUCAACAGUACAUCAGAACGGAGGCACCUUGGCUUCUGUAACGGGCUCAGGCACUGAAUGUCGAGUUCCUUUCCUUGGUCUCCCAUCACAACCUGAUCAAGAGGCAAUCCCUGAUGGCUUCCAGGGAACACCGGUUCUUUCUCUGCCUGAACUUCCCAAAACUACUCUCCAGAAUGGCCUUCCCACUCCUCCACUUUCCUCCUCUGAAGCCUCCACCACUCGCCUGUCUCCUCCAAAUGUCUCCGCCCUCCUGGAUAUCUCUCUUCCUGGACCCCCUGAGGAUGUGCUGUCUCAGGGAGAGCCCGCCACUCAGAUCAGCGACUCGAUCAUUGAAAUUGCAAUCAGCUCUGGGCAGUAUGGUGAAAAUGUUUCUCUGUCUCCGGCAAAGCUGAAUGGCAGCGAUAGCUCCAAAAGUCUUCCGUCCCCUUCCUGUAGCCCUCAGCAAAACUGGAUCGCUUCUCCCACCCACGACCCCCAGUGGUACCCCAACGACUCCACCGACUCUUCCCUCAGCAGUUUAUUUUCGAGCUUCCUUUCCCCAGAGAAGGGCCGGAAGAUGCUGCCGACUUCCAUGGGGACCACUGGCAGCACCUCCUUAUUGGGACCGAGCCUGCUGGAUGGGAACUCACGGGACUCCUUUGUGUCUCGUUCCAUAGCAGAUGUUGCUGAGGUAGAUUCCCAGUUGGCUUGCAUGAUGAACGAGAACAGCAUAGAUUACAUUUCCCGUUUCAAUGACCUCGCCCAGGAGUUGUCAAUACCCGAGCCACCCCGCCGAGAAAUCCUCUUCGAUGGAGGAGGAGGAGGAGGCCCUCCGAUCGGUGACCUCUCUCAGUGAGCGCCUUUGACCAACCAGCUGGCUGGUGGGAAUUGUUGGACUGGCUGGAACCUGGAGAGAAGCAGCCGAUGGCAUAGCUAUGCAGCUGAUAACUUUGGAUUGCUCUACCGACAGCAUGCCUCAUACAAAUAGCAGUGUCGUCUUUGAGCAUCUACCGUUCCUGGAAUGUGCAAUAUGCUAGGAACAAUGCAACCAGGAGCAGUAUUAUUGGAAAUUCAACACAUAGUAAGCUGGUGUCUAAACAGAGUUUACAUGACAGACCUGGACUUGUGGUCCAAAACAGCCUGGGCAGCAAAAUCAACAAAAUACUUUUUUUUUAAAUACAGUAAACCAACACCCUUAUUGUGGUAUCCACAUGGUGGGGGGAGUGUGUGUAUGUGGUUAAAAGAUUCAUCAUCUCAAUCAAUCAUAGUUGGCUUGGUUGACAGAUUCAGUCAAAUCAAUAUUCUUUGCACUUUCCUUAACAUGCAACAGGUAAUUCCACAAUGUUUUCACCAGGGUUCUCUUUCUUGCAAUCAAGUUCAUUAACAUUCCAGUAUGGGAUAGGAAGCUUGUGUCUGUUCCCAAAAGCUGGAGCGAUUUGCUGAGCAGCCUGUGAACCCUUUUUGUUUUGCCUCUCCUUCUCCCAGGCAACCUCCUCAUCAAAGGGCUUGUGUGCUGUAGUUUUCUCUUGAGGGCUAGAAACUUUGAGAAGGGGCUUUGGUAGCAUUCUUUUCCUCCCACCGCUUUAUUGUGCGUUUCCCCAAGUACCCUCUGUGUCCCCUUGAUUGUCUUAUGGUGAAGUCCUGUGCAGAGUUGCUCCUUUCUACGCCCACUGAUUUCAACUCUGUCCAGGGUUGCUCUGUCUGUACCCCGCCCGCCCCCCCCCUGAAAAAUCUGUACUCUUCUGUGUGAUAAGACAGGUGACAUGGUCUUCAAGUGCAGAACCGUGGGCUCCAGACAGUUUAAUUUGCUGCUCCUUGCUAACUUUAGUUGUGCACUUGGCAGCUUUGACCUGCUGUUUGCUCACCUAUGUCCUUGGGUCCCAACCCCCCUUGAUUGAGUCUUUAAAAGUGUGCCAGCUAGCAUUCAACACCUGCACUCCAGUUCCAAUAGAGACAGAUUCAAUUAAAAUGUGUGGGGUUUUUUCCUCUUGACAUGUAACGGAAAGGCAGCUCUCUCUCUGCACCCUUUCCCUCCUCCCAGCCAUCUAAGCUGUGCUUCUGCUCACGUAGGCAAUCCUGUAUUGCAACUAUAUGAAUAGCUAUUUACUUGUGGUUAAUGGUGGACCCUCGUGUCAUUGUCAAUAGGAACUUGAUUUAUAGAAGGUGCGCUACUCUCUGGGGAUGCCCUGUAUUUGCCUUGAUUGGGAAGACUGCAUCGGGAGUCUAACUGUGCAAUCCUAAGCAAUGUAGCUUUGUUUAGGAUUGCACUGUAACUCUCAGGGGUAAAGUUACCAGAAUUGACAAUCCCAGGAAAAGGACCAAAACCGCUGCUAGUCAGCAGUAGCUCCUUUGUUUUGAGGACUCUGUCACUGCCCCCAUAAAAAAUGUCUCCAGGGAAACAUUUAAUUCAGUGCAGCAUUAGGAAACCUUUCUGGGCUGUGAAUUGGAGUGCUGUUCAACCUGGAUUGGGAAGAUCUGAGCUUUCAUAGGUAAAAAGAAUUUGAGAAGAUCCACGUUGUGCCUGUAUUUGUGUAGUUACCAUUUUAACACGACUCCUUUGCUGAAGAUUAUUCUUUCUUGCUCUGUUACUUUUUUCUAGAAUGCUUUCAUGAUCAGGGAGGCACACGGAAUCUUAUUCCUGGCUAAAUAAAUCUUACGGUCUUGGGUGCUGCUGAGCAUAAUGGUGGUCUAGCAGCUCUGAAGCUCCAGACAAUUCCACACCUCUUGGGGUUUUUCUGGCUUCUUUUGCGAGCAGAGGACUGUUCGCAGGGCACAAUGAGGGGUCCCUGAGUGCCUAUGAAGUACAGCCUUUAUUUAGGGGACGGGUGGGAGCUGUCUUCUUUGUACAUGGAGGAGCAUUGUUUUUGCAAGUUUUGGAUAUGCUCGUGGCAGUGUGGCCAAGAUUGGCACUGUCAAAAAUCAUUGUUCUGCCUGGCUGUCAGGUUUUGCUAGAGCAUUUAAAGCAGACUGCUUUUCAGCUCACUGUCAUUCAGACUCUUUCAAUGGAAGUGACAGCUUUCCCUUUUUUAAAACACUUCAUGGCAGCUUUCAUGUUAAAAAAAAACAUUCAAAAGUAGUUAACAUUAAUAUGCUUGCAAUACAAAAAAAGAGGCCCUCGCUUUCUGAUUUUGGAUUGCAUCCAGUACAGCAUUUCCACAAGUACAAGGACAUCUGCUUGUGCAAUAUGACUUUCUCCUACCCCGCCCCCCCCCGAAGCGACACAGAAGCACAAAAUGCACCGUGAAAUUUGGUAGAACAUUUUGGACUGCUGUGGGAGGGGGGCAGCAGAAAACGUCUCACUCUGUGGGCAGCUGUGCUUUUGGAAACGCUGCACUGGAUCCUCCCGUUUAUUUGGUGGUUACAUCUCUGUUUGGCCACCUCCUGCCCUUCCAUUCUGUUUAUAAAAUGACGGCUGUUGCAAGGAGUUUAUGAAGGUCUCCCUCCUCUGUGUCUCUGGAUUGUUUGGCAGCCCUGCUCCUUAACUGGGAUACUGCUUAUCAGGUCUCUGUCCCUUGUGUGAUGGCAGAUGGCCCUUCUGCUAUCUGCUUCCUGGCUCAAUAGAAGAUAAAGUGUUAUUAGCUGUUUUUAUCAGUUGUGAAGUCAGGAGGUUUUAGUAGUUUUGGUCACUGGGGGCAUCAAAAAAAUUAAAUCAGGAUGGAGCUGCUGGACCAACACUAAACAGAGAAGUUUGUGUUGCAGAUCUUGCUCACUAAAAUUAUUGGGUAUACAUACUAUAGAACUUCUAUUUCUGACAAGCUCUCAUUAAUCACAUCCUUUCUUUGUUUUUUAAAAUGCAAGUGGUCAGUCUUUCUUCCGCCUUUUGUCUCUCUCGUAUAUGGUGUAUGGAUUUAGUUUGUUUCCAGGUACUCAGUCUUUGUUGUUUGAAUGCAAAUGCUAACUUUGACCAGGCCAUAACAUUGGCUGUCAUCAAACACUUAGGUGUACCUUUGAUGGGGGGGGGGGUGAGGAACCUCAUCUCUUUCAAUGCAGAAGUACCCACAGUUUGAAUUGUGCUUUCAGUCAACAAGAAAACUUCCUGAGUUUUUGUCACUGAGUAUGUUUUGAGCAAGUUCUAGGCGACCUGCAGGCGUGGUCGCAUCUAAGCUAGAUUUUCCUAUUGCCUUACUUCAUGUUUCUCCGAGGCACCGAACGAAGGUCAUUAUUGGGAUGAACUGGUUUCUGUAAAACAUCUACCUUGACAAUUUUUUUUGACAUUGCAUGGUUGGAUGACAAAGGUGGUAGUAAAUCAGUCUGCAUGUGCAGACUGUGUGUGCAAUGAUGGCAAAAUUUUCCCACAAGGCAGAGGAGUGGGUGCCUGUGGUAGUAGCCUGCCAUGUAAAAUUGAAGAAUUCAAGCAGGAGUAUGGAUCAGCCACCUUUCUGCAGUGCCUGUGUAGGAGAAUGAUGGGUCACCUUGUCAGUACGUUACUUCACUGCGUUUUCUUUUUCAUCAGUGGGGGCAAAAGCCCUCGGGAACUCCUGCCCCACAAGUUCCAUUAUGAAAGAAGCAAAUAUUGUGCAGGAAUAAUUUCCCUAUGAAUGUGCCGUAUACCUACACAACAUAGAGAUGUGGGAUUUUGGAUGGGGGUAACCCUCCAUUCAGUUUUAUAGGGCCAUCUUAAGCAGAAUUACACCCUUCUAAGUCCAUUGACUUAAAUGGAUUUUGAAGGAUGUAACUUCUCCUUGGAUGGGAUGCUCUAGCCAGCUUUUAUAACCAUUUUUUUUCUUCAUUUAUACUUUCCAGCAAUUUUAAAUACCUUGGAUCAAAUUGUACCUACUGAUAUACAAGUCUUGUCUGCUGGCUUGAUGGAUCCUUUCUAGGGUUUUAGCAUUGGUUUUAGGGGGGGUUGUUUAUUUUUUUUAAAAAAAACACAGACACGUCAGAUGCAUUUGUGAGGAACAAACUGCACUUUGAUUUUUCUCAAAACCCUUUUUCUCUCCUGACUUCAUGGUGAACUGUAUAUGCUAAAUGAGUGAAAACGUUUGCAAGGUCUACAGCAAUGAGUUAUUUCAAGUUGCCAAAAUGUGGUAACCCGCUUGUGACUUGGGCAGCAGACUCCAUUGCUGUUUCUUUUAAUAAUAGUUAAGCCAUAUCAUCUAAGGUUUUGGGCUUGUUUUGAGAUGUGAAUUUGUUUUAUAGAUAAUAAAAUUAAACAUUGUGUAUGUAUACAGCUGGAAUGCUUGUCCUUACCAAUUACUUUUUUUGUACCAUAUUGUAAACUAUUUUAUUUAUUCUUUACCGAUUUUGGGGGGAAAGGUGUUUGGGUUAUUUAAUGUAAUAUACAAAAGCUGUUAAAAACUUCUUGUUUUAAAUUUCCAAUUCAACUUGUAAAGCUGUUUUUAUGAUUGUGCAUAAACACAUACUAA